AUGUCUCUGGAAACUAUCACCACUAUCUCUCCGGCUACCAAUGAGCCAGUUAUCACUCGCUCUGGGGUCUCAUCUGAGGAUCUGAGACAGAUCCCCGAGUCCGCCCAAGCUGCAUUCCGAUCAUUCUCCCAGUCCACUACUCUCCAGCAAAGACAGAAGAUUGUUGAGAAGGCACUGGAUAUCCUCGAAAAGAAGCAGGAUGAACUGGCCCGCGAGGUUACUGAGCAGAUGGGCCGGCCUAUUGCCUACACCGGCGUCGAAGUCGCGACCGCAAUCAAGCGCAGCCGAUACUUGACUCGCAUCAGCACUUCCGUGCUUGGAGAAGAAGGUAUUGUAUCUGGGGAAGAAGAAAAGGGCUUCAGACGGUACAUCAAGCGUUUCCCUGUCGGUGUUGCGCUGAUUAUCUUCCCUUGGAACUACCCGUACCUCACCCUUGUUAACAGCUUGAUUCCCGCUAUCCUUGCUGGAAAUGCCGUUAUUUUGAAACCCUCGCCCCAAACCCCUACAAUUGCCGAGCAGUUUGCCUCCGCAUUUUCCGAAGCUGGUCUUCCCAAAAACGUGCUCCAAUUCUUCCACAGUGGAUCAAUCACUCUCAUCGAGACUCUGGUGCGCUCACCAUUGGUCAACCACAUUUGCUUCACGGGCUCAGAGGCCGGUGGCCUAGCAGUGCAAAAGGCCGCUGCGGAUCGUAUUGUGAAUGUUGGUCUUGAGCUGGGCGGCAAGGACCCGGCUUACGUGCGGGACGACGUUGACCUUGCCUGGGCAGCCGAAGAAGUCGUUGACGGGGCUAUCUUCAACAGCGGACAGAGUUGCUGCGCUAUCGAGCGUGUCUAUGUCCAUGAGAAGGUCUACGAUGGUUUCGUUGCAGAGGUGAAGAAGAUUUUGAGCAACUACCGUGUCGGUGAACCUUCCGACCCGAAGACCCAGAUUGGACCCGUUGUCUCUAAACGUGCUCGGGAGGCUAUCCUUGCUCAAAUUGAUGAUGCUGUCAAGAAGGGUGCGAAGAACGAGACUCCUACCAACGAGACUUUUGAGAAUCUCCCUCCCAAUGGAAACUAUGUUAAGCCCACACUUCUCACUGGUGCCAACCAUGAAAUGGUCGUGAUGAAGGAGGAGACCUUCGGACCUGUCAUUCCACUUAUGAAGGUCUCUGGUGAUGACGAAGCUGUUCAACUUAUGAACGACAGUGAAUUUGGUCUUACUGCUAGUGUUUGGAGUAAGGAUAUUGCUGCUGCUGAGAAGCUGGUUGAGCGCGUUGAAGCUGGCACCGUUUUUAUCAAUCGAUCUGACUUCCCCAGUCCUGUGAGUACAACCCCUUCCAGUAGUCAUCCUAUCACUGCUAACAAUACAUCUUUACAGGACCUCGCCUGGACUGGAUGGAAGAACUCUGGUCGUGGUGUGACUCUGAGUAGAUUCGGAUUCGAGCAGUUCGUUAAGCUGAAGAGCCACCACAUUAAGGACUACCCCAAAUGA